AAGUUUGUCCGGCUUUUUGCCAUCCAGGAGAAACCAGUGCGUGUGAUACAGCCCUUACUAAAUCGGGUCCAUAAUCCGUGAGCUAGCAAUGAAGAAAGCAGCAGUCACUGUCAGCUAAGUGUCCACAAACAGCCAAUCACAAGAUGCUAACUAGUGCUGUGUCAUUAUCAACUGUCCACCUGCAAAUAAUACAGCUUUCCUGGGCACAUGUCUCUUUUACCUGUAUGCAUGUGUUGGAAAAAAGGCAAACACACCCUUAAUGCACUUGGCCUAAUUGUACACUCAGCACAUCCAGUUGUUAAUUAAAGACAGUCAUGCAAAUCUGCAUGGGCACAUAAUGGACGAGCACACUGUCCAGGGUAAACACAGUGUGAAUUCGUGUAGUACUCGCUCUGCAUCAGCUCCAUUGUAUAAUCUCUCACUCCCUGUUUAGUACUGGAAAUUCCCUCUUCUACACUAGUCACUCACCCCCCUUCUCGGAAACUGCAACACUAAUCUAAAGAGAAACUGAAAGUUACAGAGUCAGAGGGAGGCAGCAAACACAGAGAGACGGAAGAUACAGGAAGACUUCACGGAGAGGGGUAAAGACAAAAAAUAUACAAGAGUUAGCCGGACAGGGUGGUGAGAUCAGGAUCCAGAGUUGGAGAAAGAGAAGACCGACAAGAGACGUUAUAAAAUCUAACGAGAUGGCUAAAGCAUGCACCCUGAAGAUUAGCCCUGCCAACAAGGAAAAGGUGGAUGGAUUCUCAGCAAAUCUUUACAAUCAGGUCCAGAGCUUCCUGUCAGAAUUUGUCCCGGAGAAGAUUCAGUACCUGGAUAAACUUCUCAAGGGUGAUCUCUUCACUGUCAAGGACCUGACAACACUUCAUUCUGAGCUGAACAUUCCCAUUCCUGACCCUCCAACUCCUGAGUCUGAGGACUCCAAAAUGGAAACAGACAAAGAAGAAAAGAAAGUUCCUAAAUGUGGAUUUUUGAAGGAGAACGAGAAGUUGCAGAAAUUACAGAACAUUGUCCAAACUGAGAUAAGAACUUUAAGAGAAGGUCUCGCUGUGAUUAUCACGUGGAUCCAUCAUCUAAUUCCAAGAAUUGAGGAUGGAAAUGACUUUGGGGUAUCAGUGCAGGAGAAAGUAUUAGAACGUGUAACAGCCUUAAAAACUAAAGUGGAGACAUCUCAGACCAGCAUCUUCAAGUACUUCACAGAAAGGGGAGAUGCUGUUGCUAAGGCUUCAAAAGAGACACAUGUGAUGGACUACAGAGCUCUGGUUCAUGACAAAGAUGAAGGUGCCUUUGUAGAUCUAAGACUAACUCUUAUUGAGAUCAGAAAUAUCUAUGUUGAAAUAUUUGACAUUAUUCUCAAAAAUUUUGAGAAAAUUACAAACCCGAAGGGAGAAGAGAAGAGCCCAAUGUACUGACUUCUAUUCAUGAGUGCUUUAGAGUACGACACCUGCCCUCAUAUGCCCACCAGAACGCCUGCAUUUCAGUCCCAUGUCUCUUAUCUCAUUCUACACUGGAUACAGUUGCAACAAUAAAUUGAAUUAUAGAAGACAGUGGUGCUGGGUUAAAUUUCAUAUAUUAGCACCAAUUGUCCUAUUGCAUUUUGGAGCAAUGUAUUUUAAAUGGGUUUAAAAUAAAAUAAAUUACACUUAAUUAUUUUGAAGAAUGGAUGUGAUAUUGGCACAUUGUGUGUGCUUGUUAUUGUGUUAUAUUGUGUUAUAUGCGUAAUAUACACAUUAAAAUAAAAACCAUUAAAAAUG